AUAUACUAUUAUUCUUCUGUAGAGAGUAAUUACUCAUCCACAGAAUCCUAACUGGAGGAUCAAAAAUUUUAUAAAUGCAGUCGUAGUCAUUCGCAGCUCUAGGGCACUCUAGAGACUUACAAAUUAAUUUUCCGUUUCAAAAUAUCAAAUAUCGCCUUCGAACCUCAAAUAUCACAUCACGAUAUCCGCAACUGCAGGCGACUGAGAAAUAGAGGAGCGUUUUUCAAAAAAUUAUAAUUUCGUUAUUUUCAUGGUUCUUUACGACUAAUUUGACGAUGAAGUGCAAGACAUAGGAGAAGAUAAGAGUAAAAACAUGUCACGAAAAUCCCAACGUUCAGGCCACAGUUCUCGCAUGGAAUUAGACCCUGACGAGGUAGCUGGACCAUCAAAUGCACCUCCGAGAGGUCGAAAAGCAAAUCAGAGACAAACUCAAAGCCAAAGGUCCCAGAGAAACGAUUAUGACGACAUUGAUGAGAUAUCACCGACACAAUCACGUCGUCGAGGAGCUGAUCUACCUGACGACGAAGAGAAUCACGUUCUAGGGACAUUGUUAAAAUUCCUUCUGUCUGCAGCCUCCAACAAGAAUGCCAUCAAGCAGGCAGACAUCAAGACCUAUGGGAUCCCAUCCCACGUGAAGCAUUACCAGAAUCUCAUGGCAAAAGCUAAAGUAAUUUUACAUGAGAUCUUCGGGUACAAAUUGAUCAGCAUUGGUGGAGGGAAGUGGAUCAUCGUCAAUGCACUCUCUCACGAUCUGAUUCGUUUGGAGGUCGAUGAUGUUCCUGCACAGACUCUACUCUACCUUGUGCUGUCUCAUAUCUUCAUGUCUGGAGAGCCCUGCAGAGAAGACAAUUUGAUUCAUUUUCUGAAAUGCUUGGGCAUUUGGAGAGAUGGGGCUGUCCAUCCUUACUUUGGAAAUGUCCAGGAGGUGCUGCAAAAGAGAUUCGUUCAGCAAGUCUACUUGAUACGAUCUAAAGUAUCAGAAGCUGAUAAUGAAAUGUACGAUUACACUUGGGGUCAGAGAGCAAAAGAGGAAUGUGAUCCUCGAAAUAUAAUAGAGUUCCUUGGCAAGGUGUUCAAUCGUCCCGCUCAGAGUUGGAAUCAUCAGUACCGAAAGGCCCACAGACUUGAAACUCCAGCGGCAUAAACUUCCCUGAGUAAGGAAUGAGGAAUAUCAUCCCAAGACGGACACGAUAUUCAACUGAAAACAUUUCUCAUGAUUUUUUUUUCUUACUCAUCGAACAAAUUCAUUCCUAAGUGAGUUAAACUCAACAUUAUUCCAAAGCUAAUAUUAAUAAUUUUUUUAUAAACAGUUUUAAUGUUAAGAGCUUUUCUAUUUUUGAAAACCAUUUCACCAUUAUUUAAAUCACUUCUAAAUGCGUUCAAGUUUAUAACUAAUGUUCUUAAAUAAAAGAUGAUUUGAUAAUUUUUCAAUAAA